AGCAAACUCAACGAUGGCUUUCUGCAGGAUAUCAACUUUCAGCCGAAAGUUUGCGGCUUCUGCAAAUAUCCGGUUGAUUCCGACAAAUUGUCGUCAUCGUUUAUCAUGCUCAUGUCGCCGUCACGCCCGACAAUUCAGUGUGAGCGUGACCGAUCCGAACCCCAAGUCGACGUAUGAACGGGUGUUUACAAGUUCGAUAGAGUCGCCGCAGGACUUUUGGGCCGAAGUUGCUGAAGAUCUUGUAUGGCAUAAAAAGUGGGAUCGUGUACUCGAUAACUCAAAGGAACCUUUUACAAAAUGGUUUGUUGGCGGUGAAAUGAAUACCUGCUAUAAUGCAUUAGAUCGGCAUGUUAGGAACGGAGACGGGGGUCAUGUGGCAAUAAUUUAUGACAGCCCUGUCACAAACACACUUAUGAAGUACACCUACGCUGAACUUCUGGAUGAGGUGAGCCGGUUUGCUGCUGUACUGCGGUCCCAUGGGGUGGGGAAAGGUGACAGGGUGCUUAUCUACCUGCCCAUGAUUCCACAGGCCAUCAUAUCAAUGUUAGCUACAAUCCGCAUUGGUGCCAUCCAUUCCCUGGUGUUUGGGGGAUUUGCCGCUAAUGAGCUCGGGGUUCGUAUCAAGCAUGCUAAGCCGAAAGUGAUAGUGAGUGCUAACUGCGGAGUGGAGCCAAACCGCACUGUCGACUACAAACCUAUGCUGGAUAAUGCUUUGGCCAACAUUGACUUCAAACCGGACAGGUGUAUCAUCUACAACAGACCAGGGUUUACACCAUCAACACUGGUGGCGGGAAGGGAUGUUUGUUACCAUGAGGAGAUGGCUGGAGCCUCUCCUGUGGACUGUGUCCCUGUGUCCGCGACUGACCCCAGUUACAUCCUGUACACCUCUGGGACCACGGGCUUACCCAAGGCGGUGGUGAGACCGAGUGCAGGGCAUGCUGUCGUACUCAAGUGGUCCAUGUGGAACAUCUAUGGUUUAAAACCAAAAGAGGUAUGGUGGGCUGCAUCAGACCUGGGCUGGGUGGUCGGCCACUCCUACAUCGCCUAUGCUCCUCUUCUCAACUGUAAUACCACCAUAUUGUUUGAGGGAAAACCAGUUGGGACUCCAGAUCCAGGAACAUUCUUCAGGGUCCUGAAAGAGCAUGAUGUUAGUGCCAUGUUUGUAGCUCCCACAGCACUCAGGGCCAUACGUCGGGAGGAUCCAAAAGCUGACUAUGGACAAAAGUAUUUCCCGUUAUCAAAGUUCCAGAACAUGUUUGUAGCAGGCGAACAUUGUGAUAGAGAAACUAUGGAGUGGACAAAGAACACCUUCAAUGUCCCUGUCCUGGACAACUGGUGGCAGACAGAGACUGGCUGGGCCAUCACUUCCACCAACAUUGGGCUGGGAAACAGGACAAACCCACCUCAAGGGGUCACAGGAAUGCCAGUUCCCGGGUGGAAUGUGAAGGUGAUACGACAGGACGGCUCGAAGACAGACCCAAUGGAACUAGGACAGAUUGUUGUCAAAUUACCUCUACCACCUGGAAGUUUCUCCACACUUUGGAAAAAUGAAGAGAAAUUUGAGGAAACCUACUUCAAAUGUAUACCGGGUUACUACAACACCAUGGACUCUGGAUACCGCUGUGAGGAAGGCUACAUCUCCGUCCUCACGCGUACAGAUGACGUCAUCAAUGUGGCAGGACAUCGUCUAUCUACCGGAGCACUAGAAGAGGCAAUACUGGAGAGUGAGGAUGUGGUGGAGGCUGCCGUUGUUGGGGUCCCCGAUGACCUCAAAGGUCAGAUUCCGCUGGGAGUGUGUGUAAUGAAACAUGGUGUGAAGAAAUCUGAGGAAGAGGUUAUCCAGGGUGUGGUCAAUAAGGUCAGACAGUUAAUAGGACCAGUGGCCAGCUUCAAGCAGGCAGUCAUCGUACCCAGACUGCCCAAAACUCGAGCCGGCAAGACUGCUCGAAACACAUUGGCAGCCAUAGCAGCAGGCAAACCAUACAAGAUUCCUGUCACUAUCGAGGAUGCUACUGUCUACCCGGCCAUACACAAAGCUCUUACAGACGCUGGCUUUCCGCCCAAGUAACUAGUGAUCACCAAAUAAUUAGUAGUAACCAAUUAACUAGGGGUCACGUGCACCACUUGUAACCCAGUAACUAAAUGGUCACCAGUGGUAACAAAGUAACUGUUUGUUUCCAGUGAAUGUCAAGUAACUAGCAGUCACCACUUGUAAUCAUGUAACUAAUGGUUACCAGUGGUAACAAAGGAAAUAGUGGUCACCAAUGGUUACCAAGUAAACAGUUGUUACCAAUGGUAACCAGGUAACCAGUGGUUACCAAGUAACUUGGUUGUUACUCAUGGUAACCAAGUAACCAGUGGUCACUAAUGGUAGCCAAGUAACAAAUAAGUUAUUGAAUGUAUCAUCAGGUAAUUAUAACCAUUGAGCAUCAUGUACACAGAGGUGACUACAUGGUUAACGUUUUUAUAUUUACUAUUACAAAAAUGAACAAUGGAAACAUGAAUGAAAUCCUUCAAACAGACUGUAAUUAAAUAUAAACGGAAUGGUGUCACUGUGAAACAUCUAGAUCUGCUGUCCUAUUUACCCCAGUACACAGGAUCUGCUGGCAUACUUACCCCAGUACACAGGAUCUGCUGGCAUACUUACCCCAGUAUACAGGAUCUGCUGUCAUACUUAUCCCAGUAUACAGGAUCUGCUGUCAUCCUUACCCCAGUACACAGGAUCUGCUCGCAUACUUAC